UUAGCCUUACGGCGGGCCCAUGGUGGAAGGGAAUUUGGAAUUAAAGGGAAAAUAUAUCGCUAAAUCGACCAUUCGAUUUUAUCUUAUAAGUACAAACAGUACCUUAGCUUAUCAAUUAUUUAAGAAUGGAAAACGAAUGACGAGACUGGACGUUAGCGAGUAAUAAACUCUGAAGCGGUGGGUGGUGUGCGCACCUCCGAAGUCUGACCUGAAGGCCGCUCCGUCUACCUCUUCUGCAGCGACCUUGUUUUGGGUCAUCCUCUGGAAUCAGUUCAGAUGCCCUGGGUGGUUCGGACAAAGGAUCCGCUUCGGGAAAGUUGUAUUCCUGGUCGUAGUGUUGGUGUUUGCAGCGAGGCUGCAGUUGACUGACCCACUGAACAAUGGCUCAUUUUCCCACGCCCUUCGGAGGAGGUCUGGAUGCCUGGGUGAUCUCUUUGGACGAGCGAGCCAAACAUGACCAGCAGUUUGUCAGCCUGGCCCCCUCACCAGCUGGCUACAUCACAGGUGACCAGGCCAGGAAUUUCUUCCUGCAGUCAGGCCUGCCCCCUCCCAUCCUGGCACAGAUAUGGGCCCUAGCCGAUAUGAACAAUGAUGGGAAGAUGGACAUGCACGAGUUCUCCAUCGCCAUGAAGCUGAUCAAGCUCAAGCUGCAGGGUCACCCCCUGCCCCCCUCUCUGCCCCCCUCCAUGUUGCAGCCGCCCCUCACCCUGCCCCCGCCACCCACCGCACCCUUUGGAAUGCAUGGUUUAGGGGUAAUGCCAGGCCUCCCAGCUGUCCCUCCAUUACCCAUGCCCCCUAUGCCAGGGGUGGGUAUGUCCCCCCCUCUGGUGUCGUCGGUUCCCCCGUCUGUACCCCCCAUGGCCAACGGAGCGCCAAUGACGGGCUUCUCCCACCCAGCCACCACACUCAACAAAAGCUCUUCUUCCAACCGCUCCGGUGCCAAGAUGCAGGGCCAGUCUUUUGAGACUUCUAGCUCCCCUGUGCCCCCCCAGCCUCCCACUGACUGGGCUGUUCCCAGCUCGUCCCGGCUAAAGUACCGGCAGCUCUUCAACAGCCACGACAAGAUGAUGAGCGGCCACCUCACCGGACCCCAAGCAAGAACCAUCCUGAUGCAGUCCAGCUUGCCCCAGACCUCGCUGGCAUCCAUAUGGAACCUGUCGGACAUCGACCAGGACGGCAAGCUGACGGCCGAGGAGUUCAUCCUGGCCAUGCACCUGAUUGACAUGGCCAUGUCCGGCCUGCCCCUGCCCCCUAUCCUGCCCCCAGACUUCAUCCCCCCCACCUUUAGGAGGGUACGUAGUGGUAGCGGGGUGUCUGUCACCAGCCUGCACUCCACUGACCAGCGGGUCCAAGAGGAGGCCGAAGAGGAGCAGGAGAGCGAGAAACAGAAGCUGGAGAAACUGACUUUCGAGGACAGGAAGCGGGAGAACUUUGAGCGGGGCAACCUGGAGCUGGAAAAGCGUCGACAGGCCCUGCUUGAGCUGCAGCGCAAGGAGCAGGAGCGUCUGGCGGCGCUGGAGCGCGAGGAGCAGGAGAGGAAGGAGCGCGAGCGGCUCGAGCAGGAGAGGCGGCGGCAGCAGGAGCUGGAGAAGCAGCUGGAGAGGCAGAGGGAGAUGGAGAGGCAGCGGGAGGAGGAAAGACGCAAGGAGAUUGAGAGGAGAGAGGCGGCAAAGCGGGAGAUGGAGCGUCAGCGUCAGUUGGAGUGGGAGAGGAACCGCCGGCAGGAGCUGCUGACCCAGAGGAACCGAGAGCAGGAGAACAUUGUCCUGCUCAAAGCCCGCAAGAAGACCCUGGAGUUAGAGCUGGAGGCACUGAACGACAAGAAGAGCCAGCUGGAGGGCAAGCUGCAGGACAUCCGCUUCCGCCUGUCUGCCCAGCGGCAUGAGAUCGAGAGCACCAACAAGACCCGCGAGGUCCGCAUCGCUGAGAUCACCCACCUCCAACAGCAGCUGCAGGACUCUCAGCAUUGGCUCGGCAGGCUGAUCCCUGACAAACAGUGUCUAAACGAACAACUCAAACAGGUUCAACAGAACAGCCUGCACAGAGACUCCCUGUCGUCGCUGCAGAAGGCGUUGGAGGUCAAGGAGUCUAGUCGGCAGCAACUGAGAGAACAGCUUGACACCGUGGAGAGAGAGACCCGCUCCAAGCUGCUGGAGAUAGAUGCCUUCAACACCCAGCUCAAGGAGCUCCGAGAGAUCCACAGCAAGCAGCAGAGGCAAAAGCAGAAGGAUCACCUGGAGGGAGAAAUCAACAUCCAAGCCAUCGCCCAGGAGAGGGCCAAGUCCGCCGAGCUCACAGACGGAAGGUUGUCUGCCACUGACGAGGGCCUGGCGUGGCGAGAUGAGGGCACGGUGGAGGCCCCCACCCCACCCCCCCAGCCCUGGAUGAAGCACGUGAGUGAGGAGGAGGGGCGCACUAAGAAGGACAUGCAGGACAAACUCAACCAGCUCUUCAUGCAGCAGCCUGAACCAGGGAAACUCAUGAACCAGAGCCCAUGGCCCACGGGCGACAAGAUUCCGGUGACUGGGUUCAACCAGGACAAGGUCAAGGUGGUCUUCUACCGGGCGCUGUACCCCUUUGAUGCCCGCAGUCACGAUGAGAUCACCAUCACCCCCGGAGACAUUGUCAUGGUGGACGAGUCCCAGACAGGUGAGCCAGGCUGGCUGGGCGGCGAGCUGAAGGGGAAGACGGGCUGGUUCCCUGCUAACUACGCAGAGAAGAUCCCAGAAACCGAGGUUCCCAUGAGCCUGCGGGCCAGUGCUGCCACCACGGGCGCUGCGCCCAAACUGGCCUCACGGCUCACACCCACCGCCGUCUCCACCACACCCACGCCACCCAGCCAGCCAAUGGCAACCCCUCCCCCGGCAACAGCUCCCCCUGCCCCUGGUCCCUGCCCUGGCCCUGGUCCCGCCUCUUCCUCCUCCUCUGCAUCUAGUAACUGGGCAGAUUUCAGCACCACAUGGCCGUCCACCAGCUCUGUAGAGAAGACUGAGACUGGGGAGGGCUGGGACGCUUGGCCCACCCAGCCAUCUCUCUCUGUGCCCAGUGCCGGGCCCGGGGGACAGCUGCGCCAGCGCUCUGCCUUCACACCCGCCACCCUCACUUGCUCCUCUCCGUCUCCCGUCCUGGGACAGGGGGAGAAGGUGGAGGGCUUGCAGGCCCAGGCGCUGUACCCGUGGCGGGCCAAGAAGGACAACCACCUCAACUUCAACAAGAGCCACGUGAUCACAGUGCUGGAGCAGCAGGACAUGUGGUGGUUCGGCGAGGUGCAGGGCCAGCGGGGCUGGUUCCCCAAGUCCUACGUCAAGCUCAUCUCUGGCCCCGUACGCAAGUCCAUGAGCAUUGAGUCUGGCUCGUCCGACAGCCCCCCGAUCAUGAAGAGACCCACCCCGUCCCCUACCAAGUCCAUGGACCCAGGAGAAGAAUACAUAGCCAUGUACACCUACGAGAGCAACGAGCAGGGCGACCUGACCUUCCAGCAGGGCGACGUCAUCGUGGUCACCAAGAAGGAGGGCGACUGGUGGACAGGCGUGGUCUCAGGCAAGACGGGGGUAUUCCCUUCCAACUACGUCAAACCCAAGGACUCUGAGGGACUGGGACCCGCAGGGAAGACUGGAAGCCUGGGGAAGAAGCCCGAGAUAGCCCAGGUCAUCGCCCCGUACACGGCCACGGGGGCCGAGCAGCUCACCCUGGCGCCCGGCCAGCUCAUCCUCAUCAGGAAGAAGAACCCGGGGGGCUGGUGGGAAGGGGAGCUGCAGGCUCGGGGAAAGAAGCGGCAGAUUGGCUGGUUCCCGGCCAACUACGUGAAGCUCCUGAGCCCCAGCACCAGUAAGACCACGCCCACAGAACCCACACCCCCCAAGCUGCCAAUGCCCAGUGCAGGUAGGGGCCAGGAGCAGGGAUCUGACGGGGGCCCGCCAGGGCCUUGGGGCCCCUCCUUGACUCAACAUAUGACGGCAGUGUGUCAGGUGAUUGGCAUGUACGACUACAUGGCGCAGAAUGAUGACGAACUGCCCUUUGGGAAGGGCCAGAUCAUCAAUGUCCUGAGCAGGGAAGACCCUGAUUGGUGGAAAGGCGAGCUGAACGGUUCCGUGGGCCUCUUCCCCUCCAACUACGUCAAACUGACCACCGACACAGACCCCAGCCAACAAUGGUGCGCGGACUUGCACCUGCUGGACAUGCUGACCCCCGUUGAGAGGAAGAGACAGGGCUACACGCACGAGCUCAUCGUCACCGAGGAGAACUAUGUCAAUGACCUGCAGCUAGUCACCGAGGUCUUUCAGAAGCCUCUGCUGGAGUCGGAGCUGCUGACUGAGAAAGAGGUGGCCAUGAUCUUCGUCAACUGGAAGGAGCUCAUCAUGUGUAACAUCAAGCUGCUCAAGGCUCUGAGGGUUAGGAAGAAGAUGUCGGGCGAGCGGAUGCCGGUGAAGAUGAUUGGAGACAUCCUGACGGCCCAGCUGCCCCACAUGCAGCCCUACAUCCGCUUCUGCAGCUGCCAGCUCAACGGGGCCACGCUCAUCCAGCAGAAGACCGACGAGGUGCCCGAGUUUAAGGACUUUGUCAAGAGACUGGCCAUGGACCCAGGUUGUAAGGGAAUGCCCCUCUCCAGCUUCCUCCUCAAACCCAUGCAAAGGGUGACGCGCUACCCCCUCAUCAUCAAAAAUAUCCUAGAGAAUACUCCGGAGGCUCACCCGGACCAUAGCCAUCUGAAGCAGGCUCUGGAGAAGGCUGAGGAGCUGUGUUCCCAGGUCAACGAGGGUGUCAGGGAGAAGGAGAACUCUGACCGGCUGGAGUGGAUCCAGGCCCACGUCCAGUGUGAGGGGCUGUCUGAGCAACUCGUGUUCAACUCGGUGACCAACUGCCUGGGCCCGCGCAAGUUCCUGCACAGCGGCAAACUCUACAAGGCCAAGAGCAACAAGGAGCUGUACGGCUUCCUAUUCAACGACUUCCUCCUGCUGACUCAGAUCAUCAAGCCCCUGGGCUUCUCGGGCUGCGACAAGGUGUUCAGUGCCAAGUCCCACCUGCAGUACCGCAUGUACAAGACCCCCAUCUUCCUGAACGAGGUGUUGGUGAAGCUGCCAACAGAUCCCUCGGGAGAUGAGCCCAUCUUCCACAUCUCCCACAUCGACAGGGUCUACACCAUCCGGGCAGAGAGCAUCAACGAGAGGACUGCUUGGGUGCAGAAGAUCAAGGCAGCUUCGGAGCUCUUCAUCGAGACAGAGAAGAAGAAGAGGGAGAAGGCUUACCUGGUUCGCUCACAGAGGGCCACGGGCAUCGGCCGGCUGAUGGUAAACAUUGUGGAGGGCAUCGAGCUGAAGCCCUGCCGCUCCCACGGUAAGAGCAACCCGUACUGCGAGGUGACGAUGGGUUCCCAGUGCCACAUCACCAAGACCCUGCAGGACACGCUCAACCCCAAGUGGAACUCCAACUGUCAGUUCUUCAUCAAGGACCUGGAACAGGACGUGCUGUGUGUCACCGUGUUUGAGAGAGACCAAUUCUCUCCUGACGAUUUCCUAGGCAGGACAGAGAUCCGUCUGGCGGACAUUAAGAAGGACCAGGGCUCCAAAGGGCCCAUCACCAAGAGGCUGCUGCUCCACGAGGUGCCCACAGGAGAGAUUGUCGUACGACUGGACCUGCAGCUCUUCGAGGAGCCCUAGCCCAUCCCAGUUUAUCCCAGCCCUGCUCAGCUCAGCCUAACCCAGUCUAACGCCCAUAUACUGUACACCCCCCCAAACCCCGUUAUCCCUGCCCGAAGACUCACCAAGUUCUAGUGACAAUCCCCAACGGCCCAGCCCCACACCCCUGUGUGUGUGUGUGUGUGUGUGUGACUGUGAAUGAAUGUCUCCAGAAGGGUUUUAAUUAUGGUGUGGGUUUUUUUCUCCUCUUUAUGAUUUGUAUCAUUAUGGUGUAUAUAUGAUAUCAUGAUUCCACUAUUAUUUGAUUGAACAAAAUUAUGAAGCAUUCCACAGCUAAUCUAAAAUCUCAAAGGCCGUCUUAUAACGCAAUGAACCUUUGAGACAUGAUAUACUGUGGAGAAAUGUUUGAACAACACAUAUGAUCAUUGCUUGUGCACUGUAUGUCUUAACGAUUCCACCCUGUGGCAUUAACACCUGGGGCGUGUUCAUUAGUCAACAAGCGGAAGAAAACGGACAAACCGGGCGAGACUCCCUUGUCCAAUAAUAAACGUUAAUUUUCUUUUCACGUUGCAAAACGUUUUAAAACGCCUUCCGUUGUGUGGCCAAAUGAACGCCACCCAGGUGACCACACUUGUUGUGCCAUCCCUGUGACAACAUACGGCAACCUCCCAUAUAACCUUUGACACUGUGUUCAUGUUUAUAAACAUACGGCUAUUAUGUCAUUGCAGGUCAGACAAUUUCAAAAGCUUGUCUGAAGCCCAUCUAAUAAUUCCCCUGGUUGUUUUAGCUGGAACAUCUUUCCUUGUAUUUCUUUCAUUCAAACGUGACCCAGGUUUCGAGUUAUUUGUUCGUUUCUGUGUAGUCUGUUUGAGACCUGGGUACAAAAGCAGGUACAGUACAUAAGUGAAUGUGAGGAGGAGAGCUAUACUUUGUGAUAUACCUUCAAAGGUUUGGUGAGACACUUUGGAAAAAUGUGUUAGGGAAUUAAAGAGCUGUGUUGUGUUCGUAUACUACAGUAUGCUGAGACUGAAAAUGAAGCUAUCUGUAAUCUUUACACUGUACCUUUAUGUGGUCCACAUAUUGAGCGUUGUGUUUUAGAUUGGAAAUUCAAAUGAAAGGCCAGACGAAAUGUUUGGGUGUAUUUGAAACAUUACAGAAGUACUGUACGAAAGUACACGCUAUCAAAUUGGCUUAGCCCAAAAUAUAUUGUUGUACGGUUUGAGGGAAAUUGAAGAGCAGAUUUCCUGUUUUCUAAAUGAUGUGUAAAUGAGUGCCGAUUUCUAGUUACAUUUGCAGCGUAGGCCAAGAUGAUGGAGUACCAAUGUACUACAAAUCAUUCGUUUUUUGAUGGUUAGAAGAAUCAUACGGUGAUGUCAGGGAUGUUUUUGUACUUGUUCCGAAAAAUUCUGUUACUUUCAACGCAUUGAUAUCUUCACGUUUUGUAUGUAUAUUUUAGUUGUUUUUAAUUACAUUUUUUCGUACGGCAAAAAAAGCACCAUUUAAUAUAGAGUGCUAUAUUUAUGUGUUGGAAAGCCAUUUUGUAGGUGUUUUGGAGACUGCGGUCAGGCUUUGUUAUGAUGGACAUAUUCCGCCAAUGCUGUAACUGUUUGUGAAGAGGAGGCAUUUCAGGUUCAUUCAAUUUGGGUCUCAAAUGAAUAUAUUUCCUUUGCAAGAGAACAGGAAUUAUUUUUUUUGUGUGGCACUGUGUUCAGUUGAACAACACUGUAUUACAUAUUUAUUGACGUUAAGAAAGACCAUUCGGACAAAAGGGAAAUAUCAGCCUCCAGGUUGCUGCAAUAUGCAAUCUACUCCGAGGUAUGAGACCAUUUGAAUCUUUCAUAGGGUCUUAUCUGUUCUUUUGUUCUUUAUGGCGACCCUCCCAUCAUCUUGGGUUCCGCGUUCGAAAGGAGAUGUACAAGGACAUCCGAAGGCAGCAGAGACGACUGACUUCAGUCUGUUCAGUCUGACAAUGUUAGCAUAGUUUGUCUCAUGUUAGUUUAAUGUAUGUUGCUGUUGUUACCAGCUAUGUGUCCGUGUAGAUAAUGUACAAAUACUAGUGAAAUUCCACUGCCGUGUUAGUGAGAGUGGUCAAGGAGAACAGCGUUUGCAGAGCCUGUGUUCCUUAUGUGUAUGUCUAGGAGGGAGUGAGUAACAUUAACUUACUAUUCUCGAGUGCUUUUGGGUUUGUGCCGGGUCUCUAUUCAAGUUGGAGGACUUAGAUUAUGACUAGUCAUUUCCCUAUAGCGUGUGACCUGUACCUCCACACCUUCCCGGUUACCCCACAGUAGUGCCCUUUUAAUGUUCACUCUAAAACCAGUGAUGGUCGCUCUUCUUUUUAAUGAGCAAAGUCUUAACUGAUAAAAAGUACAGUGUGAAUAUGUUGAAAUAUUUGAAAGGAGUAUAAGUAAUAUAUUACAACAACUAGCGUAGAAUAAUGUUGAUGACAAUGUAUUGUUAUCAAGGUAUGAGAAGUGUAUUGUCUUUAAAUGUUGAAAAUAAAAUUCGAUUGGAUCAA